UUGAAAAUAAACAAAUAUAAACAAAGAGCAAUAUUUUGAAAUAAAUGAAAAUUAAAAAAAUUUAAAGUUAAAAAAGUGCACCCUCUACUCCACUAUCAUCAUGGCCAAGAAAGGCAAAAAGGAUAAGAAAGGCAAAAAAGAUGACCAAGCCGAUGGUGGAAAAAAGGGCAAGAAAGGCAAAACAGACCGCAAAAGCGAUUUAAGUGAAGAUCCCUCGUUAGGGAAAGGAAAGAAGGGUAAGGGUAAGGACAAAGGGAAACGAAAGAAGAGCAAAAUAUCAGUGCGUCAAUCGAAAGCGGCAUCGGCCAUGGUUCACGCGGAACCAGCUCCCUUACCACCACCUCCGCCGCCACCAGAACCUAAAUGCAAUGAUAAGAUAAAAUCUGAUGAUCCGUGCCGCUACACCGAAGAUGCUUGCUGCAAAGGAGCUGUGGCUUGUAGACCAAAUCACUAUCCCGGAAUUUUAGAAGAACCUGAACGCAUGGCUGUCGUUGGCUCGGAGAGCGGUAGUUACGAGAGUCUUUGUAAGUUGGUUCGCGCUGGUAUGCGCUGUGCGGAUCGCGUUUUCAUUAUGACGCCCUGGGGCAAUUAUGUGAUAUUUCGUGCACACGAUGAGCAUAACAAAAUAUAUUUUAUUUAUGACGGUUGCACUUGCAAUGUGAAUCGCUUCCGGUAUCUGGAUUUGAAUGAGGGCACCGCUGGUUUGCUUUACUUUGAUUGCGUCCAUGCACUUAUUUCAUACAUGUUGGAUUCCAAAAAACAGCGAAUGUCAUUAAAACGGAUUAAACGCAGUGUGAUCGACGACAUCUGCAAAGAGUUUUGUGAAUAUGGACACUGAAUAAUGAAAAAAUAUAGUGUAACCAAGCGGUAUAAUUUGUAUGCAAUCAAAUAGCUCAAAAACAGGCGAGAACUUAAGCAUCAGUGCGGCCGACCAUAAUAAGAUAAUGCUAACUACCCGAGGGUAAACGAAAUACUUUAGCAACAUGUUUGGAUAAAAAAAUUUGAAUAAACCAAUAAAAAACUAAA